AUGCAUCGCUUUGCGCAAUUCAUUGGGGCCGCGCCCCCCCAGCCACCGGUCGAUCCCUGGAUUUUGGCGGAACGCGCCGUCGAUGAAGCCCGGCCGCUAAGGAUAAUCAUCAUCGGGUCAGGCAUUUCUGGCAUCAUCUCGUCCAUCCGCUUCAGACAGCGGGUCCCCAAUCUGGACCUGUGUGUGUACGAGAAGAAUGAGGACAUCGGCGGCACAUGGCUGGAAAAUAAGUACCCGGGCUGCGCAUGUGACAUUCCGGCCCACACGUACCAGGCCACAUUCGAGCCGAACAAGCAGUGGUCCACGUUCUAUGCUUCAGCGUCGGAAAUCCAUCAUUACUGGCGGCGGGUGGUGGACAAGUACGGCUGCGAGAAGUAUAUCAAGUUCAAGCGGCAGGUCAGCGAAGCGCUGUGGCAUGAGAAUGACAGCCAGUGGAAGCUGCAGAUCAAAGACCUUGACAGCGAUGCCGUGUACCAAGACCAUUGCGAUGUAUUGAUCUCCGCAACGGGCUUCUUGAAUGCCUGGCAAUGGCCUGACAUUAAGGGUCUUCACGACUUCAAGGGAAAGCUGAUGCACAGCGCCAGGUGGGACGAGAAGUUCGACUACAGCGGCAAGCGAGUUGCGGUGAUCGGCAACGGAUCGAGCGGGAUCCAGAUUCUGCCAGGGAUGCUACCCAAGGUGCCACACAUCGACCACUAUGUCCGGAGUCGAACCUGGAUUGCCCCGGGCUUUGCUUCGGAGGAGGCUGCGAAACGGGGAGCUGAACUGGACAACUUCUCAUUUACCCCGGAGGAGUUGGAGACGUUCAAGAACGACCACAGUACCUAUCAAGAAUUCCGAAAAGGCGUCGAGCUUGCACUGCAGUCGAUUCACGGUGGAACGUUGCUCGGCACCCCCGAGCAGCUGGGCGCCAAAGAGUUCUUCUUGCAGAACAUGAAGCGACGGCUGUCGAAGAAGCCAGAACUCAUCGACGACCUUAUUCCGUCGUUCCCGCCCAUCUGUCGCCGUCUCACACCCGGGCCGGGGUAUCUCGAAGCUCUCACAGACGAGAAGGUCGACGUCAUCACGAGCGAGAUCGUUCGCAUCGACGCGGACGGCAUCAUCACGGCUGACGGCACGCAUCACCCCACGGAUGUUUUGGUCUGUGCCACCGGGUUUGACACCACCUUCGCCCCGCGAUUCCCCAUGGUCGGACGCAACGGACUGUCCUUAGCAGAGCGGUGGAAGACGACGCCCGAGAACUACCUUUCGGUGGCAGUCGAUGGGUUCCCGAACUACUUCAUCUGCUUCGGGCCCAACUCGUCCCUCGGGGAGGGCAACCUGUUGCUCCUGGCGGAGAAGGCGAUCGACUACUUCACGAAGUGUGUGCAGAAGAUGCAGCGGGACAACAUUCGGUCGAUGAUGGUCCGGAAGGAGGCCGUCGAACGGUUCACGCGUCACUGCGACCAGUAUUUCUCGCGCACGGUGUACGGGGAGAAAUGCCGGAGCUGGUACAAGGGCGGCAAGGAAAAGGGACGGGUGAUCGCCGUCUGGCCUGGGUCGUCGCUUCAUUCGCUCGAGGUGUUGUCGCACCCGCGGUGGGAGGACUUCACGUACGAGUAUGUGGGGGGGAAUGCGAACGGCUGGCUUGGGGAUGGUUGGACGACCAACGAGAAGAACCAGAGGAUCAACGUCAACUACCUGGAUGACGACCAGAUUGACUUUCCCCCGGCCGUGGCGGACGCCGAAAUGAGGCCGAGAUGUGGAGGAUCCCAAGGCACGCCGAACUGA